GUGCUUAGAGAAAGAAGAGAAAAAAACAAAAUGUCGGACGGAUUGUCAGAAAGUACUGGCGUUUUGAAACGAAAGCUGGACGAAGGUGAAAGUCAAACGGCAAACGACAUAGAUCUAAGUUUACCGCCAACUAAAGUGAGACUGACAGAUGAUAAAGCUAGAGAGACAGUUCAAACCAAACCAAAUACUGUUGAUGUUUCACAAAGUAGUUCUGGACCUUCGAAUACUGCUUCAAGUCAGCCAAUUGCAGAAGGCAGCGAUGAUGAACGAGAAAAAAUGCAGUUACUUGUGUCUUCUUUCUCAGAAGAACAACUGAACCGCUAUGAAAUGUACAGAAGGGCAGCAUUUCCCAAGGCAGCAAUUAAACGGCUUAUGCAAAGUGUCACGGGAGGAACUUCAAUCCCUCCAAAUGUUGUCAUAGCUAUGGCUGGAAUAGCAAAAGUAUUUGUUGGAGAGGUUGUAGAGGAAGCUUGUGAUAUAAUGGAAAAAUGCAAAGAAUCUGGGCCCAUUCAACCAAAACAUCUAAGAGAAUCUGUCAGAAAGCUGAAAAGGAAAGGUCUAGUCCCAAAUACAAGAUAUCAGAAAAGACUUUUUCACAGGUGAACUUUUACACCUCAACUCCAGAGAGUAAGAUCUGAGUCAACAGCUCACUGUGAGAAAAUGUCUAAACGAUUACCCACGAAUAACAGUGUUGCAGCUGAAGCUCUGAAAGAGGGAGUUCAAGAAGUGCCUGAGUGUCACUUGAUUUGUUAAAGGAUCGACAAAAAAGACGCGCAGUGGACUUUAAAGAUAGUACAUUAUUGAACAUG